AUACGGACGGAAUUUCCAUUGCGCUUAUUUGUCUUGUGAAUGAGGAAUUCGUGAUAAACGUUACUAAUGCAAAACCGUGGCACGUAUAAAACGAUCUCGCAAAUUCUGAAUGGGAAUUUGCCAUUGCAAUUCAAACUCUGCUCGCAACCGGAUGACGAUGGACUUCUCAGUAUUAUCGUAUUCGCUGUGCCUAAUUUUUUUAUCUGGUCAAACUUUUGCUCAGAAUUUGCAAAAUAUUCAGCCCAAGGAUAAUGAGCAAAUGGGAGUUAUUAAAAACGGGAAGUGUACGUGUCCCUUUGCAAAUUUGAUAAAUAAUCAGAGUCCUAAUAUGAGCCCAGCUCUCAAUAAACCGAUUGGGCCGCCGACUGACAAUCAAAACAUGAACCCAUUGACGAAUCCGCAAAGUGAACCAAGCGAGUCAACAAACAACGCAGAAGAAUCGGCAGAUAACCCCGAGCUUAUUGAAGACUCACCAACUGACGUCAGCAAUAUUCUUCCCGAGCAGGACGAGGAAAAUUUGGCAAACAACGCGGUUGAUGAGGCGCAGGAAAAUGAAUCUCCUGUGCCCGCAGAAAUACCACAGAAUCUUGACGCAAAUAUUCCUGAAGCAAGCCCCGACGCGGAUGUGGAACUUGUAGAGGACCCUGAGGUGCAAAUUAAUUCUGACGUUCCUACUCCAGACAUUGAAUCUCCCACAAACAACAUGAACGUCGAACCAGUUGGAAAGGAUCUUGAAAAUGAGUUACCAAUUGCAUUGCCAGCAGUAGAGGGCCCAAUAGAAGCGCCCUUAGACCAAGGCUUGACGGUACCUGAAAAUGUGGAGGAUGGAAUUGUACCAGAGCUUGUUGAUAAUGAAAAUUCAGACAUCAUAGAGACAGGACCUGAAGUUGAUAACGAGCAACCUGUUCAAACUCCUGACGCCACUUAUACCGCUCCCUUGGAAAAUAUAGCAAAGACUGAGGCAGCGCCUAGCAACGUUCAAGCAAUUCCACAGCCGGCACAGCCCUCAAAAGUCUCGCCUGCGGUCAGUAAAACUGUCAAUGAAAAGCCACAAGUUCCUCAAGCUAACCCAAUCAGCCCAAUCCAAUCACCAGUUAAGCAGCCUGUUCCUCAAGUUCCUACCGCGCCAAAAGUUUACCCUACAACCGAGCAGCCGAAAAGUUUGGUGAAACGGCCAACAAUAAAACCGGCGUUAAGUGCACCCAAAGCACCACUUUUGAACUCCAACGUCCCGGCCAGGGACAGUUCUGAAAGCGAGGAAUCAGAGGAGGAGAUUUUCAAGAAAAAGAAGCCAAAGGUCGUUACGCCAAAGCCUAUUCAUACUUCGCCCGUAUCUCAAAUCAAACCGGCGCCCGGGUUAGUUUCUAGACCCGUUUACAAAGAACCACUCCCUGUUGCCCCUGCUGGUCAAAAUAUCGAUUCUGACGAAGAAAAAAAAGCACCGCCUAAACUUCCAGGAAAAUCUCCCAUAACCAACCAAAUAGCUACGAUCGGUGUAAACAAAAAAGUCCCUGUGGUGCCACAAGCCACCGCAGCGCCAAUUGCACGACCGCUUCCCGCGAAAGUUCCUGUAAGACCAGCUCCCCCUGCAGCUGUGCCAGUUCAACAAAAUCCAUCACCAGUUCAACUUUCAAAAGUUCCGGCUAUGCCACCAAAAAGGCCAGUUGGUUCGGUUCCUGUGGCGCAAAAUCCACCCGCUUCCUCUCAAGCUCAAAGUGCACCACAAAGUCCUGUAGUGCCUCCAUCCAAUGCCAAUAAAAAAGUUGUAAGACCAGUAAUUACAACCAAAGUCCCCAAAGUUGUGAAUCCAGUGUCGAGUAAAGUUACACCAGCAGCGAAACCAGUUGGAAAAUUUGUCGAGGACCGAACCACCACCGUUCCACCUGUUGUGUUGCAACCUGAGGACGAGGUGCUCUCUGAAACGCUUGAAGCGAAACCCAUUCCACCAGCAGAUUCUUUGGUAAACGAGCAGACGGACGGCGUUUCUGCGUCAGAGGAUGAAAUUUCAGGUUCUGAUAAUGAUCACCAAGGCCUCCGACCAAAUGAUGCGGCUGAACAAGCAAACGUGAUUCCUCCGGGCUUGGAAGAAAACAACGCUGGUAGCGACGCGCUGGAGGAAGCUGCACCUGUUGUGACAGAGCCCUCGAUUCCAAAAACAUCAAUUACAGGAAUUAAGAAAGGCGUUAUGAUGAACGGUCAGUGCACUUGCCCAUACAACAACCACAAUCCCGACGUGGCACCUAUUCCGUACCAAGGAACAGCCGGCCGUUGAGCUCCAUCGAGAAGGCACAAGGAAAUAGCUCUUUCCACAUUUAACAAAGAACUACUGAAUAUUUAAUUUAUACAUAUAUUAUUUAUCAGUGUAAUAAAAAAAAGUAGUAAUUUUUCUGAAUAAAACUCUUUCCACGUUUAACGAA